UUACUACGGAGUCUGAACUUUCUAACUAAUUUCGCUUAGUGUGCAAACUAAUUACUUUGUUAAUGCGUUUCUUGCGUUUGCCUGUCGGUUUAAAAACAACAACACUUUCCCCGCAUGCGCGAGUUUAAGUGAAAUUAAACUUAAAAUACUACUUAGCUUGUGACCAAACGUUUAGCCCUUAAGCCUAUUUGUUUCCAGAGACUUUAUGUCAAUUUGCAACCAGUAAGCUCCGCUAGUAUUUGUCUCCGUUAAUAAUAACCUCGUUUACAGGCAUUUGGAAUCGCUUGUUUUUAUCAUCGGCCUCGCUGCGCUCAUGGAGGCGGACGCGCUUGAGGCGACGCUCUUGCGUUGUGCCAAAGAGGGCAACUGUGCGGAAAUCCAGCUGCUGCUCGAGUCGAGGACCAACCGACGCAGCCCCCUGAGCGUCAACUGCACGUCGAAGGCCGCAGCCAGCCCGGGAUGGACCCCCCUCCACCUGGCCUGUUUCUUCGGACGCGGCGGCGCCGUGGAGCAGUUGCUCAAGGCGGGUGCCGAUGCCAACGUGCAGGACCACGUGGGCGACACGCCUCUGCACAAAGCGGCCUUUACUGGAAGACAGGAGAUCGUCCUGUUGCUGCUGCGGUACGAUGCCUGUUGCAGCAUAAUCAAUGGAGUGGCUCAAAUCCCAAAAGAUGUCACAAUGGAUGAUGAAGUCAUAACCAUGCUGGAGGCCGCGGAGACCAGGGAGACGAGGCGGCGGGAGAAGAAGCUCCUGGAGGCGGCCAGAGAGGGAGAAAUCGCCGCUCUGUCCAAACUGCUCAGUGGGACAGAACCUCCGGAUAUUCACUGCAGGGACUCGGUGGGCAAUACGCCGUUACAUUGUGCAGCCUACAGGGGGCAGAAGCAGUGCAUCAUAAAGCUGCUCAAGUCUGGAGCCAGCCCCACCACCAAAAACAGCAAUGGUGUAUCAACUCAAUCUUACAUUAUUCGCUCUGAUUUGUGCAAUAUGUUUGCAAUCAUACCUUUUUUUUAUUCUGCUAGUUUGGAUCCUGGGUUUUUACAUUACGUGAUGAUUUAUUGUACGGCUGAUUGUUUUGCAGACCAGACCGCGCUAGACCUCGUCUGCAGCGACGAACUGAGACCCAUCCUAGCGGCCUAUCAAGCCAAGGAUCUGAGCAGUGCGGCGCAGAAGAUUGAAGGCCGCCUUUGGAAGAGUUCCCGGUUAGUUCGAUGGCGCUCCCACUGGGUGAUCAUUGAGGACGGAACCAUCUCCUGGUAUCCCAAACAGGCAGAUGCGAUGGCUGGUGUCAGAAAACAGGGCUGCAAGUCUCUGAAAGACGCCACCUGCAUGGUCAAACCAUGGGAUCCAUGGUUCUUCAUGCUCAGGUGCUUUGAUGACACCGUAUAUUAUUUUAAGGUCUCCUCAAAGACGGAUCCAGCGUUAACCAGAAAAAGAUGGUUGGAUGCUUUGGAAGCACAUUCGUCCUUUAGCGCAGGUCACUGUCCCCCAGAACCGGCGUGCAACGACGCAGAUGAUGACGUGACUGUGAGGAAUCUGUCUCAAGCCCUUCAGGCAGCCAGCACUUCCCAGCAGAAGUUGCAUAGUGAAGUGUCAAUAUUUCAAUCGAUGGUGAAGAAUGACGAGAAUUCUGCAUUGGCUGCCCCUCUUUUACUGAAAGCCAAAGAGACCAGUGAGCUCUCCAGUGGAACCUGUGCUGCUCUCCAUCUGUGCCUGGAACUGCUGUCAGAACAGGAGGAGGUGUGGAGCCUGAAGUUUGAGCAGGAGGUGGAGAAGAACCGAGCUCUGACGGAGGCCCUCCAGACGUUGGCCACAGAGAACCACCAAGUCGAGCGUUCUCGUGGCAAGAGCAGGAGGUCGUCUGUCCUCAGCACCUUCAAUGAAGAUGACUUCUAUGAUGCUCUGUCAGAGUCCGACUCGGAGCUCUCAGUGAGCGGCUUCCUGUCGGUGGCCGGUCACUCCGGGGAAGAGGACGAGGGCAGAGACAGCCCCCUUCUCAGCAGCCUCCGCCGUCCCGGUGCGCUCGGGGGCCCUGCCGGAAUGUCAGGGGAGGGUAACCAUGGCAACCAGCACAAUGGCGUCGAGAAGCACAGAACAUCUCUACCGACUCCCAUGUUCUCGAGGAAUGACGUCAGCAUCUGGGGUAUCCUGAAAAAAUGCAUCGGCAUGGAGUUGUCAAAGAUUGCCAUGCCCGUGAUAUUUAAUGAGCCUCUGAGUUUCCUCCAGCGGUUAACGGAAUACAUGGAGCACACGUACCUCAUACACAAGGCCAACGCCACGACGGAUUCUGUGGAGAGGAUGAAGUGCGUUGCAGCCUUUGCCGUGUCUGCUGUAGCGUCGCAGUGGGAGAGGACUGGGAAACCCUUCAACCCACUACUGGGGGAAACCUACGAGCUCAUCAGAGAGGAUUUAGGCUUCCGGUGGGUGUCGGAGCAAGUGAGCCAUCACCCACCAGUCAGUGCCUUUCAUGCGGAGGGCCUCAACCAGGAUUUUGUCUUCCACGGCUCCAUCUAUCCGAAGCUCAAGUUUUGGGGAAAGAGCAUAGAGGCCGAGCCCAAAGGACUCAUCACACUGGAGCUUCCCAGGUAUAAUGAAGCCUACACCUGGACCAACCCAACCUGUUGUGUGCACAACAUCAUUGUCGGUCAGCUUUGGAUAGAGCAGUACGGCAGCAUGGAAGUGAUCAAUCACAAGACCGGAGAGAGAUGCAGCAUGAUGUUCAAGCCCUGUGGCCUCUUUGGGAAAGAGCUCCAUAAAGUGGAAGGAUACAUCCAAGAUAAAAGCAAAAAGAAGCUUUGUGCGAUAUACGGCAAAUGGACCGAAUCCCUGUACGCGGUAGAUCCGGUCACCUUUGAUUCCCACAAAAAGACGGACAAAAAGAGUUCGGACGAAAGGAAAGACAACAAGCGGGGCAGCGUGGACGAGGAGCCGGAGGAGAUGCCCCCCCCCGACGCCGAGACGGUCCCGGUCGUCCCGGGCAGUGAGCUCAUCUGGAAGAUAACGCCGCGACCGGGCAACUCGGCGCAGUUCUAUGCGUUCUCCACAUUUGCCAUGCACCUGAAUGAGCAGGACAAGAGCACGGAGGAAGUGGCUCCGGCCACAGACAGCCGCUUCAGACCGGACAUUCGCGCCAUGGAGAACGGAGACAUAGAUUUUGCGAGUUCAGAGAAGAAGAGACUUGAGGAAAAACAGAGAAUGGCCCGGAAAAAUCGCAGCAAAUCACCGGCUGAAUGGAAAACCAGGUGGUUUGAGCAAGGACAAAACCCUCACAACAAAGCUCAGGAUUGGAUCUACUUGAAGGGCUACUGGGAGAGGAACUACACCGACCUGCCUGACAUCUACUAAUAAGCAGACACCAGUCACAUGGAUCUCUACGUGUACUACCUUCGGACUUUAUCUCUUCUGGGUUGGGUUCAAGGGCAAGCAGCAACGUCACAAAGCUGAUGCAGAACAGUAGAUGGGGCCGAGGAAAUGUGUUUGAAAAAAUGUCUUAAAACAGUCAAAAGCCGUAAAAACACUGCGUGAACACCAGUGGAAUAUAUUCUUCUCGAUAGAUGUGUGUAAACAGUGGAGCACAAACUCUAACGCUUAUUAAUUGCAGCUCGUGACCACUUGUGUGGGAUAUAGGCGCGUAUUGUAAAAACUAGAAUGUAUAUUUUGUACACACGUGCUAAUAUACAAUAAGUGUGAAUUUGGUGUGAGCACAUUUGUCACUACAACGGAGAGCAUAUUGAUGCAUCCGGAUUACUUUUAUUGAACGCUUGACACUGAUUGUACUUGUGCAUGCUAAGAUGCAGUACAAAUUACUCAAAUACACCAUUUAAAACGUUUGUUAUUACUACAUUAAACCAAGGACACAAGCUCCGCAACUAUAGGUGUGUGUGUAAGAAUUAUGCCGUUGUUAGGUUCAAUUAGCUGUUCUCCUAAUUUACUAUUGUAAUUAAUGCAUGUGCAUCACUAUACGCAAGCUGUGGCUCCUUCACAAUAAAGCACUGAACACUUCCUUUCUCAUGUUGUGGAUCGCUGCUGUAGGUUUUGGAUUUUAUUUUAUGUUUUUCUCAAUACUGAAAAUUGUUUAAUAAAUCCUUAAUAUGAAUUACA